GAAAUUCGCCUUUCGCUACAACCCGACCGCCGUACGUGCAUUUUGUCUCUGGGGCUCUGACACUAUCUCUAUCCCUCCCGAGUCCGAUCAAUCUCGGCAUUCAAAUUCUGGGUCCUGUUCCUCACCACCUAAAGAUUGAAUCUUCUGCCGUUUGGGUCCUCCUUUCUACGCCGAUCGAUUCGUUCGAACAUCAUCGUCGACGGCUCCGCUUCAGCUUCCUUCCCUGGCGGCGAUAGCGAUUUCUUCUCUUUGCCGGGGGUAGGUUAAGGCUUGCAGGACCAACGCUGGCCAAUGGCAGAUCUGAAGGAGCGUCUCCUGCCCCCAAAACCUGCAUCAGCCCUUAAUCUUAGGGAGUCAUCUACUCGAGGCCGGCCACCUUCUUUUCAAGGAGUGGAUGUGCUGGGCCUGAAGAAGCGGGGCCAGGGCCUUCGAUCUUGGAUCCGAGUGGACACAUCUGGUAACUCCGAGGUGAUUGAGGUGGACAAGUUCACGAUGAUGCGCCGCUGUGAUCUUCCGGCUCGAGACUUGCGCUUGCUCGAUCCUCUCUUUGUGUACCCAUCCACCAUUCUUGGCAGAGAGAAGGCUAUUGUCGUCAACUUGGAGCAGAUAAGGUGCAUAAUAACAGCAGAUGAGGUCCUUCUAUUGAAUUCCCUCGAUAGCUAUGUCUUGCAAUAUGUUGUGGAGCUUCAGCGUCGAUUGGCCGCAGCUGGUGUUGGAGAGAUGUGGAAGUCCGAGCAUGCUGAUUUGAACCGGAGGAGAGGAAGUAGAAGCUUUGAUAAUGUUUUUGGAAGUACAUCCCCUGAUUAUUUGCCAUUUGAGUUUCGGGCGUUAGAAGUUGCACUAGAAGCUGCCUGCACUUUUCUUGAUUCCCAGGCAGCGGAACUUGAAAUUGAAGCUUAUCCUCUACUGGAUGAGCUCACAUCAAAGAUCAGUACUCUGAAUCUGGAGCGAGUCCGUAGAUUGAAAAGCCGACUUGUUGCAUUGACCCGGAGAGUGCAGAAGGUCAGGGAUGAGAUAGAGCAGCUCAUGGACGAUGAUGGGGACAUGGCAGAGAUGUAUCUCACUGAAAAGAAGCGAAGGAUGGAAUCUUUAUUUUACGGCGAUCAGUCGGUGACGGGAUUUAGAUCGAAUGAUGGUGCCUUAUCGAUCUCGGCACCGGUUUCUCCAGUUUCUUCUCCCCCUGAGAGUAGGAAGCUUGAAAAGAGCCUGAGCAUUGCAAGGAGCCGACACGAGAGCAUGAGAAGCUCAGAAAGUGCCACGGAGAGCAUUGAAGAGCUGGAGAUGUUGCUGGAAGCUUACUUUGUGGUCAUAGAUAGCACUCUUAACAAGCUGACUUCGUUGAAGGAGUACAUUGAUGACACAGAAGAUUUCAUCAACAUUCAGUUGGAUAAUGUUCGAAACCAGCUUAUCCAAUUCGAGCUGCUAUUGACGACUGCUACUUUCGUGGUUGCAAUUUUCGGAGUCGUCGCGGGAAUCUUUGGAAUGAAUUUCUCGAUCCCAUUAUUUGAUGAUGAAGGGGCCUUUAAGUGGGUGCUUAUAAUUACUGGAGUGACCGGCCUUGCUAUAUUUUGCGCGUUCGUCUUGUUCUUCAAGUACCGAAGACUUAUGCCCCUGUAGAUAUUCUCGUUGAUACAGAAGAUUUUGUGAUUUGCAUUGCCUUCAUUCUUGAUAGCUAAGUCAGGAUUGUAGGUCGAACCAGAGAUGGGGAACACUUCAGCUGGUGACUUAGUUCAGUAGACCAUUCUUUGCAAUUCCAUUUCUCUGCUGUAUGCAAGUCAUAUUCUCCACGUAAAUAUACUAAUAACUCCCAGAAAUGAGAAAUGUAUUUAUUCUCCAGUCCUUUUGUGUAUAUACUGAACGAGAAGAGCAUUACAUCAUGUUACUUCGAUGAACUAUUAAGGGGCCCUCUUAAUAAAGUUCAAGGUUAUGGAGGUUUAA